AUGCCUCGCUCUCCACGACCUGAAGUGCUCACGACCCUGGAUCUUCUGGGUCUCUUUGACAAGGACAGCGGGCUUCCCACCCACAGCUGUCACCCUCUCUAUCGCCGGCACGCUCGCGACAACAUCCGCGAAACGCUGGCUGCACGAACUGCGGCUCGUCUCUGCCACAAGGAGGCCACUCUCUCUCCGGCUCCCCGCUACACGCUCGCUCCUGCCGCGCCGGUGGCUCCGCUCAAGAGCUGCCUCAAGCAACCUUCUCGCGGCACCAAGAAGGCCGUCUCCAUCAACACGGCUCGUUUCUCGCGCACAAUCAUUCCGUGCUCGACUUCUUCCGGCGCUGAACGCGUCGACAACACUUUCGCUGGGGUCCCCAACCACAGACCCGCAAUCUCCAUUCGCUCUUCCCUCGCAGCCGAGUCAGACAAGGCUGCCGAGUUUCACUCUUUUCUUGCCGGCUGCCGCGCUCGUCGUCUCGCCCGCGCAGCCAACCACACUCCUUACGUUCCUCGUGAACGCCCGGCCAGGCCUACUCUUCCAGCCCCGCCAACCUCCGAUCGUCCUCCUGUCGAGGCUCCGCCUGCGACACCAAAGUACAGCGACUCUGUCGCAGCAACACUCGCUCGCGCCCAGAAAGUUUCUCGCCGCGUCCAACGCACUCUUUUGGAACCGCGAUGCACCGAUCUCAAUCUGGCUGUCUAUGCACGCCUUCGACGACCAACCUGA